GCAACUUCUUUGCGACAAGGCUCGCGUCAAUCUCGCUCAGUCUGGACCUCCCUGUUACGCAAAUCCGGUUGAACGUCAAAUUUGGACUUGACAGAAGAAGCUGACUGAAUUUCGGACGGUGUUUUCUAGCUAGUCCAGACUCAGGUACCAACAAAAGAAAUGUCUUUUAUACUUGAUUGGCUCUAUAGAGGAUUCAGCGGUGUUCUACAGUUGCUUGGUCUUUACAAAAAGACCGGGAAGCUUGUAUUCCUUGGUUUGGAUAAUGCUGGGAAAACGACGUUAUUGCAUAUGCUUAAGGAUGAUCGACUUGGCCAGCAUGUCCCAACUCUACAUCCGACCUCUGAAGAGUUGACAAUUGCUGGGAUGACAUUCAUAACAUUUGACCUGGGUGGCCAUGCACAAGCAAGGCGAGUGUGGAAGAAUUACCUCCCAGCUAUUAAUGGAAUUGUGUACAUGGUGGACUGCGCUGACCUUGAGCGCCUAGUUGAAGCUAAAACUGAACUCGAUGCCCUUUUAACUGAUGAGACCAUCUCAAACGUGCCAAUCCUCAUUUUGGGGAAUAAAAUCGACCGUCCAGAGGCGAUAAGUGAAGAUGCUUUAAGAGGAAUGUUUGGCCUUUAUGGCCAAGCAACUGGAAAGGGCAAGGUGAACUUGAAAGAGAUGAACUUAAGGCCAAUGGAGGUGUUCAUGUGCAGCGUGCUGAAGAGGCAGGGAUAUGGUGAAGGCUUCAGAUGGCUUUCUCAGUACAUUGAUUGAUUUGGCCACAUUGCUCAGAUGUAGUCUGUAGCAUAGUAUUGUAUCUUAUUCAUUUUUGAGUAGUGAAGAGCCCCUAACUAAAGCAGUUUCAGAAUGGAUGGAUGUAUAAUAGUAGUAGUUAUUAUUAUAAUAAAGAUGAAUGGUGGAUGGUAUAUACGCAAUAGACAUGAAGUUCAGAACUACAUCACCUCAGAAAUAAUGUAGUGUGCAGUCAUCAGUGUUAUUUACAUGUCUAUUGAGAGGGUUAAACACAUAAUCACAUCAAGCCACAUCAGUUUACAUGGCAGGAGUUACUUUUAGGUGUUAAUGGAGUUACACAGGGGCGUGGCUCUCACAUUCUGUGUGGUUUCUUUUCCUUUGUGCCUGUUAUGACUGCCUGUCACUCGCCCUGCCAAAGACGAUUACUGUGCCUUCAAAAUGUAUAUUUUACAAACUGCUUGAAAUGUUGAAAUCUACCUGUACUGUUAUGAGUACAUAUUGAAAAUAGCAUCACAGUGUAGCAGUUGUAUAUGUAUUAUAUAUUACACAAUAUAUUGCAAUGUAUAAUAUAUUACACAAUAUAAUGCAAUAUUUAUUACUAUUUAUUAUUGUGACAUGGUACAAUAUAGUAAGAUUGGAUUUACUCAUUGUGUGAAUAAGACCUAAUUCAAUAAGGAACUGAAAGCCACAAGCUUCUUCUAAAAAUACAGACAGUCAGUGACCACAAUAUAGGGGUGAGGCCUAAACUUAAAUAUGCUGACAUAAUAUGUGUCCGUCAAUGCUAAAAUGUGAUAUUGUCAUAUUGAUAAUUGAUAAAAUGUGAUAAUGUCAUAUUAUUUAAUGCUAGUGACCUAGAAUGGACUUAGGACAAACUGUUCAGUGUUACCAGAGUAGAAUUUGGUUUCAGGUGCUGUAAAUGCCAAGCAGUUCUCAUUAGCUUUGGAAUUGAAUGUAUUCUAUUUAUUUGUUAAUAACACUUUUUAUAUAAAUUAAAUGUGAUUUUUGGGCAAAAUUGCUGAUUACACUGUAAUAUUCACAUCUGAACUUCCACAGGGUACCGUCUUGGUAUAUAUAAAUAUAUUUUGUGAUGUUGAUGCAGUGAGUACUUUUUGAUUAUCAACUGCUUUUGGUAUGCAGUUCAGAUAUGAGAGUACACAAACAAUAAAUGUUUAACCCUUGUCAAAAGAAGUCAACGCCUA